AACCAACAAAUUAAAAAGGCAAUAAUUUCAAGAGUAUCAACUGCUAUAUUUGACAUUACCUGUGAAGUUGAAAAAUAUCUAACUCACGAAAUCUAUUUCUUUUACAAAAUCACACCCAAAAUUAUGUGUGAUCAAGAAGUCAUGGAGUUCCAUCUCUCAUUUUCAACGACUGUACUAUCUAUUUUUGUUAUUCUUGCAAUAGCUUUCCUGUUGCAGAUCUUGAGGAGAAAGAAGAUAAACAUAGUGAAGAAGAGAGCAGCACCUCAAGCCAAGGGUUCAUGGCCUAUAAUCGGACACCUGCACCUUCUAGGUGGAUCUCGACCACCUCAUCAGGUUUUAGGUGACAUGGCUGACAAAUAUGGCCCUAUCUUUACCAUCAAGCUUGGUGUUCACCAAGUUUUGGUUGUGAGUAGUGGGGAUUUAGCUAAAGAGUGUUUUACCACAAACGACAAGGCGUUUGCGAGUAGACCGAAAUCAAAGGCGGUUGAGAUCAUGUUGUAUAACUACGCCACAUUCGGCCUUGCGCCAUAUGGGGACUACUGGCGACAAGUUCGCAAAAUCGUUAUGCUUGAGAUUCUUUCUCAAAAACGAGUAGAGAUGCUUGGAGAUGUUCGAGUUCAUGAAGUUAGAGCAUCCACGAAGGAUAUCUACGAGGCGUGGCUAAAGAACAAAGACAACGAAGGCGAGUUCAUGAAGGUGGAUAUGACACAAUGGUUUGGGAACUUGGUAUUUAACAUUCUAGCUAGGAUUAUUUCAGGGAAGAGAUUUCAGCUCAACGAUGAAGAAGGAGUACGAUUUCAAAACGCGGCAAGGAAACUCUUUGAGUUAUUAGGCGCUUUUGUCGUGUCCGAUUUCAUUCCAUUUACGAAUUACAUCGACCUCGGAGGAUAUGAAAAAGAAAUGAAGAUGACAGCUAAAGAAAUGGACGACAUCCUUGAAGGAUGGUUAAACACGCGGAAGAGGGAGAAAAAGCGUAGGAAGCAACGAGAAGAUGACCAGGUUUUCAUGGAUAUGAUGAUUUCUAUUCUCCAAGAUGCCUCCGAAAAGGAUUUCCCAGGAUAUGACCAUGAUACAGUUAUCAAAUCCACAUGCUUGGCACUAAUAACUGCUGGCUCGGAAUCGACAUCUGUAACUUUAACAUGGGCUUUAUCUUUGCUACUUAAUAACCCAAACGCGUUAAAAAUUGCCCAAGAUGAAAUUGAUGAACAUGUUGGAAGAGGCAGACUGGUGGAGGAGACAGACAUAAAGAAUUUGGUUUACCUCGACGCCAUUAUCAAAGAAACAAUGCGUUUAUACCCGGCUGGACCUCUCUCCCUUCCUCAUGAGUCCAUGGAUGAUUGCAUUGUGAGCGGCUACAACAUCCCAACAGGCACACGUUUGUUGGUCAAUCUUUGGAAAAUCCAUCGUGAUCCAAACAUAUGGUCAGAUCCUCAUGAUUUUAAGCCAGAAAGAUUCUUGACAAGUCAAAAGGAUAUUGAUCUUAAAGGAAAAGGGUUUGAACUGCUUCCAUUCGGUAGCGGUAGAAGAAUGUGCCCUGGUGUUUCCAUUGCAUUACGUGUUUUGUCUUUAGCAUUAGCCAAUCUGAUUCAACAGUUUGUGAUAAACAAACCCUCAAAUGAACCGAUUGAUAUGACUGAAAGUUUGGGUUUAACAUCCAGCAAAGCAACGCCACUGGAGGUCCUACUUGCCCCUCGUUUAUCCGAAAAAUUGUAUCAUGUUGGCGCGUGAUUUGUAUACAUCAGCAUCAAAUCUUUUACAACCCCCCCCCCCCCCCCUAUAUUGCGGAAUAUAGAUGAAUUAAUCAGUUUGUUAAGUUGUAAACAUCUCUAUCAAUAAGAAUUCGUGAUUCAGUCCU